AUGCCAAUGAACACGAUGGCUCUGAACCAAAACUACUUGCCAGUGAAUCACAUAAACGCCAAUUUAGGCAAACAGAGACAAAUUGCGCCCGUCAUGAAGGAGCAAAAGUCAAAUUUAAUCAUGAACACUCAAGUAACUCCCGAUGGGAAAUACAAGAAAAAGUACAAUUACAACAGUUCGACGCCGUAUCCGGGUCUCCAGACGCCCUCCGUUGUGCGUCGGAAUGCACGUGAAAGGAAUCGCGUCAAACAAGUGAAUAACGGCUUCGCUAAUUUACGUCAACACAUCCCGCCGAAAGUAAUUUCGUCGCUUUCCAACACCAAUGGUCGCGGCGCAAGCAAAAAACUCUCCAAAGUUGAUACGUUAAAGCUCGCCGUCGAAUAUAUCAAAAGUCUACAAAAUUUGCUCGAAGAAACCGAGCAAAAAAAGAAAAAUAAUAACAACAACAACACAAAAAGUCAACUUCUUACCCCGCAAUCCCUCGGAUCAAGUUACUCGAGCAAUUUGAGUCAAGCUUCUUCCGUGUCGCCAGCGCCCUCAUAUGCCUCCGAUACGUCGUUCAACACCAGCUCGGGGUAUCAAAUGAUCAAAGCAGAGCCUUAUGACAGUUAUCAACAAUCCGAAUCGCCAUCGCCUACAAUUCCCGGGUAUCAUCAUCAUCAAAGUCAUCAUCACGCGAUGAGCUACGACGUCACUCCGCCGCCGCAAGUCUACAAAAAAUUCCAAUAUGACCAAUUUUUGCAUCAUUCGAACCCUCAGACGAUGCACACGAUGCAAAUUCCCUCCGCUUCGAGCUCACCUGAAGACGAAGAGCUACUUGAUACCAUUGCAUGGUGGCAGGAGCAAUAA